CUCCUGUUCCUCCUUCCUUUGCCCGGUUCCCAGGACAGGAGGGCCACAGCACGAUUCCCAGCUCCCCCCAGGACCUUCUGGAUCACCCUGUCCAUUGCCUUGAUAUUUUUUGCAGUUGGCAUCAGUGUCGUGGGGGUUCUCAGCUUGUCCCCCAGCUCUGCCCAGGCUGGCUCCCAGCUCGUCCGACUGACACUGCAGGGCCAGCAGGACCCUCUGAGGAACCAGACAGCCUUGGUGGACAAGUCCAGGAGCACUGUCACCUACUACAUCACCUCGCAGAGCAACCUCAGCGCCGUGGUGCUGUACGACAGCAGGAACGGCUACGUGUGCUACAAGCCUGUGGAGCAGAGCACGUGCUACCUGAGGAGGAUGGACCCCUGGGACCUGCAAACCCUGCAGGCAGCUCUCAACGUGUCUGAGCAGAGGGCCGAGCAGCUGCUACGUCACAACAACCAGACCAAGUACUACCGGGAGUUCCUGGGCAUCCUGCCGGGGGAGCAGGUGGAGCCCCAGGGCCUGGGGGAGGCUGUGCAGAGCCUGUGUGAGCACACGUCCAUCUUCUGGGUCCGCAGAGGGCAGGGUCCUGGGAGGCAGCGGCUCAUCUACCUGUGCAUUGACAUCUGCUUUCCAAGCAACAUCUGUGUCUCUAUCUGCUUCUAUUACCUCCCUGAGUAAGUGCUGAGCCGUGGACGCCCUCUUGCUGCCCUACAUACUUGAACUGGAUUCCUGAAAAGCCUCUGAUUUCCACAAGGAAGGUAACACCCACACCAUCCCCAGAGCCUCCUGCUGAUUUCAUGCUGCACCUCAGGAGGGUUUAGAGAAACAAGAGGCCUCUGCUCAGCACUGUCAGCACAGACACUCCCUGCAGCUCUGCCCCAGGGCUGCCACGUCCAUAGGAAUUAGGAGCCCCAGGCCUAGAGGGAUCCCAGGGAGUAGUUGGUGUUCUGGGGCUCCGU